AUGAGAGCACACCAAAAUGGCACCAUCUCCAUUGACAUUUCAAAUUUCCUCCUGAACUGUUUUGUCAGAUCUCCCACUUGGCAGCACUGGCUGUCCCUGCCCCUCAGCCUCCUCUUCCUCCUGGCCAUGGGAGCCAAUGCCACCCUCUUGAUCACCAUCAGUCUGGAGGUCGCUCUGCACCAGCCCGUGUACUACCUGCUCAGCCUCCUCUCCCUGCUGGACAUUGUGCUCUGCCUCACCGUCAUCCCCAAGGUCCUGGCCAUCUUCUGGUUUGAUCUCAGACCCAUCAGUUUUUCUGCUUGCUUCCUCCAGAUGUACAUCAUGAAUUGCUUCCUAGCCAUGGAGUCAUGCACAUUCAUGGUCAUGGCUUAUGAUCGUUAUAUAGCCAUCUGCCACCCACUGAGAUACCCAUCCAUCAUCACUGAUCAGUUUGUAGUCAAAGCUGCUGCCUUUAUUUUGGCCAGGAAUGUCUUUAUAACUAUACCCAUUCCCAUUCUUUCAGCACAGUUUUAUUACUGUAGGAGAAAUGUCAUUGAGAACUGCAUCUGUGCCAAUAUGUCUGUCUCCAGGCUCUCCUGUGAUGAUGUCACUAUCAAUCGCCUUUACCAAUUUGCUGCAGGCUGGACUCCGCUAGGAUCUGACCUCAUCCUCAUCUUCCUCUCCUACACCUUCAUACUGAGAGCUGUGUUAAGACUCAAGGCAGAGGGUGCUGUGGCCAAGGCUCUAAGCACAUGUGGCUCCCACUUCAUCCUUAUCCUCUUCUUCAGCACCAUCCUUCUGGUCUUCGUUCUUACACAUGUGGCUAAAGAGAAAGUCUCCCCUGAUGUACCAGUCUUGCUCAAUGUCCUCCACCAUGUCAUCCCUGCAGCCCUCAACCCUAUUGUUUAUGGGGUGAGAACCCAGGAGAUCAAGCAAGGAAUCCAGAGGUUACUGAAGAAAGAGUGGUAA